ACUCAUGUGUCACGCAGCUGCGCACCUCCUCCCAGCUGCCGUUGUUUCAUUUGCGCCAUUUUGUCCGCUCACUUUGUUGAUUGGGUUUUAGCGAGCUGUACUGGAGCCAAUCAGAGGGAAACCGGACAGUGAAGAUACGGAGGAUUGAUCAUAUUAAAGCAUGGAGCAGUACACCACUGCCACCACUACAACAGGGGAGCAGAUUGUUGUGCAGACUGCUAAUGGACAGAUCCAGCAGCAGACACAAGGCACAGUGACGGCUGUGCAGCUGCAAGCAGAGGCGCCGGGCCAGCAGGUGCAGACACUCCAGGUAGUGCAGGGGCAGCCCCUAAUGGUGCAGGUGAGCGGCGGACAGCUCAUCACAUCGUCAGGCCAGCCCAUCAUGGUGCAAGCCAUGUCUGGGAGUCAAGGGCAGACCAUAAUGCAGGUUCCUGUGUCUGGAGCUCAAGGUCUGCAGCAGAUCCAGCUGGUGCAGCCUGGUCAGAUACAGCUGCAAGGUGGUCAGACUCUGCAGCUCCAGGGCCAGCAGGGUCAGCCUCAGCAAAUCAUCAUCCAGCAGCCCCAGACGGCCAUCACAGCUGGACAGAACCAGAGCCAGCAGAUCAGCGUACAGGGUCAACAGGUGGCACAGACAGCUGACGGGCAGACCAUCGUCUACCAGCCCGUCAAUGCAGAUGGCUCUGUUCUACAGCAGGGAAUGAUCACAAUCCCCGCUGCCAGCUUGGCAGGUGCCCAGAUAGUGCAAGCAACAGGGGGCGCUAACACCAACACUACCAACAGCGGCCAAGGCACUGUGACCGUCACCCUGCCUGUCUCCGGCAACAUGGUCAAUGCAGGUGGAAUGGUCAUGGUAAGACCCUGUGCAGAGAUGGUGCCAGGUGGAGGCGGCGUUCCCACCAUGCAGCGUAUCCCCCUCCCAGGAGCCGAAAUGCUGGAGGAAGAGCCUCUGUACGUCAACGCCAAACAGUACCAUCGUAUUCUGAAGCGAAGGCAAGCCCGGGCCAAACUGGAGGCCGAGGGCAAGAUCCCCAAGGAGAGGAGGAAAUAUCUACACGAGUCUCGUCACCGUCAUGCUAUGCAGCGUAAGCGUGGAGACGGAGGGCGGUUCUUUUCCCCUAAAGAAAAGGAGGAGGCGGCUUUAGGCCUAUCGCAAGAAAUCGCCCCGGCAGCAACAGAUGAGACAGUGACUCAGAUGAUCAGAGUGUCAUAGCGUUUUCCCUGACAUCAUGACCUGCCUGUGACUCUUCAACCCAGCUGACCAUCCGACACACUCUUCCGUAGUCCUCAACACACCCAGCAGUGCUUUCACUGUGGCGUUUUCUUUUCUCUCUCAACUUUUUUGACUGGUCUUCCAGGGAGCUGGCUGUGUCACAGCUGAGCCAGGAGACUUCUCUGGUCUUCUUCAUUAAAAUGGAGGAUGUUAUCAUGUUGGCUGAGCCCAGUUUUGUUUUGUUUUUCUGUUUUAAGAUUCUUUUUUUCGUCAACUCAUCACACAGGGGGAAAAAAAAAAAACGACAGUCACAAAGCCAUACACUCAGACUCUGGUCUGUUGACAAUUUGUUGAUCUGCCUCCAGUUGACACAUUUUUUUUUUCUUUUUAAUGGUACCAUUUUUUUUUUGUUGUUGUUGUUGUAUUUUUUGUUUUCUGACGCAUUUGUUACUUUAUGCUACCCUGCUGUUUUCCAUCAUUGAUUCCUCCUUUACAUAAAAAUGUAAUUAUUUAAAUCCAUGUACUUUUUGGACUUGCCCUGAUGGCUGCAUAGUACAUGGUGCUCCAGAAAUGUAAUAGUAAUGUGAAGACAUUGUAUAGAAGGACGACUUUUGUUCUGUGGAUGCAUUUUAUACAAUUUAUAGUUGGACUUUGUGUUUUGCUGGGGAAAAAAAGAGCAAUUAUUUGUAAUACACACUUCAUUCAUGUAUAGUUGAGAACUUUUCAUCUGUAAGUCCACCUAGUUGUUGUUUUUUUUCUUUGUAGAUAGAGAUUUUUUAUCCAUCAGCAUCUGUCAAUGUUAAUAUUUUUUUUAUAAAUUGUGAAAAGGACAUUGUCUUCAUAAAAACAUGUCAAUUAAAAUUUUAUUAAGAAAUGA